UACAGGAGCGCCAACAAUGAGUACCAUGAAGUUCUGCCGCGAGUGCAAUAAUAUUUUGUACCCGAAAGAGGAUCGUGACCAGAAGCUGCUCCUGUACGCUUGUCGCAACUGCGAUCACCAGGAGGCUGCCGACAACAAUUGCGUGUAUCGGAACGAAGUUCAUCACACAGCCGAUGAGAGAACGCAGGUUCUCCAAGAUGUUGCGUCGGAUCCCACGCUUCCCCGCACAAAGGAUGUGCGAUGCUCGCGAUGCAAGCAUGGAGAAGCAGUCUUCUUCCAGGCAACAGCGAGGGGUGAGGAAGGGAUGACGCUAUUUUUCGUAUGCUGUAAUCCCAAUUGCGGCUAUCGCUGGAGGGAUUGAUCAAAAUAACA